AUGUGGCGCGGUUUUUCUUUGCAAGAGGCGUUAGAUAUGGCCUACUCGGAAGAUAUUGACGCUAUUUACGUAGAACCACCCGAUGCCAAUGUUCUAACGGAUGAAGACUCCGCAGAUGAGGAUUCUGGAGAGCCUGAAGAACCAGAUCCUACCCCGAAUAGUACUGCAGAGCCCAAACAGCUGGAUAUUCCUAGUACCAGUGCUUCAGCUUCGGUUCCAUUGUACACUCCAAGGUCUAAAAGAAACUUCAGCUGGAUUAGGGGUGAUCUUCAAGCGCAGACAAGAGAUUUUCCAGAACCUAAUUAUAAACAAUAUAUGGAUCUUUCACCUGUUCAACUUUUUGAGCUAUUUUUGGACGACGAAAUAAUUACUUUUCUAAUCGAGGAGACAUCUCGCUAUGCUCUGUUUAAAAACUCACCCGAUCCUAAGGUUUCCAAAAAUGAAAUGAAAUGUUUUUUAGCAAUACUAAUUGUAAGUGGCUAUGUAGUAUUGCCAGGGAAAAAAUCAUAUUGGGAGUCACAAGGUGAUGUGAACAAUGCGAUGGUGAGUGGUGCCAUGAGACGGGACCGUUUUGUUCAAAUCAUGCGUUUUCUUCAUUGCGCCGAUAACUCCAAACCAAAUUUGGACGACAAAGCGUGGAAACUUAGACCCUUUAUAGAGAAACUGAAAGCUAAAUAUUUGCAACAUUAUCAGCCAGAAAAGCAUAUGAGUUAUGAUGAAAGUAUGAUAAAGUACUAUGGUAGACAUCCUUGUAAGCAGUUCAUUCGUGGUAAACCCAUCAGAUUUGGGUACAAAAUGUGGGCACUGAAUACAACAUCGGGAUAUUUAGUAAACUGCGAAUUGUAUCAGGGAAAAAAUAGUUUACGACAUGAAGUAUACGAAAAGGAUUUUGGAAAAGCUGCUGCACCAUUUGUGUCAAUGUUGGACAAGUUAAAAGGGGAAAAAGAGAGACCAUAUGAACUGUACUUUGAUAACCUCUUUACUGGUUUAAAUCUUUUAGAACACCUCAAAGAAAGGGGCUAUCAGGGUACCGGUACCGUUCGAGAAAACCGCAUACCCAAAAAUUGUCCGAUGUCAGACAAAAAAUCUCUCGCAAAAAAAGAAAGAGGGACAUACGAGGGGACUAUUGAAAAAGAAUCAGGUAUUAUGGUAGUUCGUUGGGUUGACAACAACGUUGUUAGUGUCGCUUCAACCUGUCACGGUAUUUUACCUGUAUCAUAA